AGAUAGAGUAGAGCUGUAAAUAAACAAACUGUAUUCAGUGUAACAGCGCCACUCUGUAAAUCAUUUCUCCUUUAUGCUUUCAACGGCUAGACCUUAGGGGCUUGGACGAGAACACAACCACUACGGCCUUCAGCUGUUCCAGACAAAGCGAGGUUGAGUUUCUGGCGUUUCGUGAAGAACUUGGACAAAGGUCUCAGGUAUAUAUAAGAAAGAUGUUCGUUAACUCUCCCCUAUCUCUUCCGUUCUCAGGCCCACCACCGUUCAGAAUCAGCCAAGGAUUUUUCCAAAAUGAGCACAAAACCUAUGCGACAACAAGUCGAAGAGUACAUUGUCGAGUUGCAAGACAAUAUUGUCUCUGCAUUGGAAAAAUUAGACCCGAAUGCACCUGCGUUCAAGCGGGAUUCGUGGAUUCGUGCCCAAGGGGGACGGGGCUUGUCCUGUGUCUUUGCUCUACCCCCUCCUGAUUCGAGUACUCCUGCUCAAUCUCAAAAUUCAGCCCUCGAGAAGGGCGGGGUCAAUAUCUCGGUCGUCCAUGGCAACCUUCCCCCUGCCGCAAUAAAGCAGAUGAGAGCCGAUCACACUUCCGUACCUUACGAUCCCGAUUCACAGAACAGUCUUCCAUUCUUUGCCGCAGGCCUAAGCCUUGUAAUCCACCCUCGCAACCCACAUGCUCCGACUGCGCAUGCCAACUAUCGCUAUUUCGAGAUUACGGAGGCCGAGAAGGAAGGAAAAGCAGGAAAAGUGGUUGCGUGGUGGUUUGGUGGAGGAUGCGAUCUAACGCCGUCCUAUCUGUACGAAGAAGAUGGGGUUCACUUCCACAAGACGUUGAAGGAUGCCUGCGACCCACAUGGGAAGACCCUGUACCCCUCUUUCAAGAAAUGGUGCGACGAGUAUUUUUAUAUCCUUCAUCGCAGUGAAGCCCGUGGUAUUGGUGGCAUCUUCUUCGAUGAUUUCUCCAAUGAGCCUCACAAACACCUUCCCGACGACCAGCCUCGUCCGAGGACGCCAGACGAGAUCUUCGCCUUUAUCAAAGCCGCCGGGAACGCUUUCGUUCCCUCAUAUCUGCCUAUCCUCGAGCGUAGGAUCAAUACGCCUUACUCGGAUCACGAACGGAGGUGGCAACUCAUUCGAAGGGGUCGAUAUGUCGAGUUUAACUUGAUCUACGACCGGGGAACGAAAUUUGGGCUUCAAACCCCUGAAGCCAGGAUCGAGAGUAUCUUAAUGAGUCUUCCAGAGACGGCGCGCUGGGAGUACAUGAGCGAUUUGGGCUCGGAUGAAGCAAGUGAGGAGGGUAAGCUGUUGAAAGUAUUGCGAACCCCUCGGGAGUGGGUAUAAGGAUACGCGGUAUGACGAAAUUCACAAAUGUAUUAAUCCAUUCACGUCUGAAGUAUUAAUACACUUCCGAGACACCUUGAGGUUCGAGCCGACUGUUUAUUGUCCAUGUUUCCUCGUAAACGGUGCUGAUGCAUAGAUGACCCCUCUAUCGAAAAAUAAUACAGUCCGUGUAACUUUCUGUCUCGACGUACUUGUUUCAUCUACGUCUCCGUCACCAAUGCCCUAUGGAUAGGUAACUUGCAGACGUGGAACUGAUUUCGAACCUGUCAACAUUGCUCGGCAUUCUUACACCCAAUAUCAAUCGAUUGCUAUUUACUGGCCAUAAUUCACUCGUCAAAGGAUUCCGUGUGUGCAUAUGGCUACGUAAUUCAUUCAAGGUUUCUGUGCUCAGGGUUCUGAGGCAAGCUUCUUGGUUCACAAUCAGCCUGGGCCUUACGCCUGUAACAAUGUUCUGCAUAUCGUUGAUACCUUGCCCUAUGAUGGCGUUUUGUUUCGCGAAUCAAGGAAAGUAAUCAAUGAAG